AUGCGAGAAGGAGAAACGCUGAAGACCUACUCGGACAGGUAUUGGGAAACAUACAACGAGAUAGAAGGAAACUACGACGACGUCGCCAUAAGUACAUUCAAAAGGGGCCUGCCGACAGAGCAUGGCUUGAGAAAGUCUCUCACUGGGAAGCCAGUCACCAGCGUGCGACAACUCAUGGACAAGAUAGACAAGUACAAAAGGGUCGAGGAGGACCAACAGAUUGGGAAGGGAAAGACGAAGGUUGUCCCUCAGGAGAGAAGGGACUUCAGGUCGGACCGCUACAGCAGCAGUAACAAGCCGAGGAGAGAUUACAUAGAACAGUCUGGACCUAUUGGGGCUCAGGUAGUCCACGCUGUGUUCCGAGAACCAUUGCACGAGAUCCUGGAGAAAGUAAAGCGCGAACCCUUCUUUCAGUGGCCGAACAGGAUGGCAGGCGACCCCUCAAAGCGCAAUCAGAAUCUAUACUGUGCGUAUCAUCAAGAGCCCGGUCACACCACUGACGAAUGCAGGAGCCUGAAAAACUAUUUGGAUCGGCUUGUCCGGGAAGGAAAGCUAAGGCAUCUGUUGCACCGCCCUGAGCAGUCGAAUGCCGAAACCAGACAAGGCGCAUUGAGGCCACCCAUAGGCACGAUAAAUGUCAUUCUUGCCGCACCUGGGAGAACCGGUUCUGGCCCGUUCAGAGUGAUGUAUAACCUUGGAAAAGUCAUUGAGACUGGGAUUCCCGGCAACGAAUAA